CACUUCCCCACCAUUUGAUCUCCUAAUUUUGAUUUCCGCCACCAUUGAAAUCAAAAAGCAUUAGAGAGAGAAAAACAAAGCAUAGAGAGAGAAAAUGUCAGGUUGGGAUGAAGGAGCAGUGUACUACAGUGAACAAGCACAGUUUCCAGCUGGCCGCACCGGCGAAACCAACAACAGUUCCGAUGCAGCCGCCAGUAGCCGACACUCGGUUCUCCUUAAAUUCAAAGAAUUCAUCCGAAGCUUCGAGACGGAAUCGAAUGUAUUCCCUUAUCGUCAAAGUUUAAUCCACAAUCCUACUUCACUUGUUGUCAACCUUGAACAUCUUGAUGCAUUUGAUCCUCAUCUUCCGUCACUCCUCCGAUCUUCUCCCGCCGAUUUCCUACCACUUUUUGAGAAUGCGGCUUCUGAAGUUUUGGCAAGUUUGAAGUCUAAAGUUGCUGGUGAGACUGGAGAAAUGGAGGAGCCUUUUACUGAGGAUCUUCAGAUUCUUCUUACUUCUAAUGAGGAUUCUGUCUCUAUCCGUUCUCUUGGUGCUCAAUUCAUAUCAAAAUUGGUGAAAAUAUCUGGGAUUACCAUUGCUGCUUCAAGGACCAAAGCGAAGGCUACUUAUGUGACACUACUCUGCAAGAACUGUAAAAAUGUCAAGCUUGUUCCUUGUCGUCCCGGUCUUGGUGGUGCCAUCAUUCCUAGAUCUUGUGACCAUCUUCCUCAGCCUGGUGAAGAACCCUGCCCUCUUGAUCCUUGGCUUAUAGUUCCUGAUAGAAGCAAGUAUGUUGAUCAGCAAACCCUCAAACUUCAAGAGAAUCCUGAGGAUGUUCCAACUGGAGAGCUUCCAAGAAACAUGCUUCUUUCCGUAGAUAGACAUCUUGUUCAAACAAUUGUUCCGGGCACUAGACUCACUGUCAUGGGAAUUUACAGUAUUUUUCAAGCUAACAAUGCAUCUACUUCUCAUAAAGGAGCUGUUGCAAUUAGACAACCUUAUAUAAGAGUUGUAGGAAUAGAGGAAGCCAAUGAGGCUAACUCUCGAGGUCAAGCUGCUUUCACUUCUGAUGAGAUUGAAGAGUUCAAAAAAUUUGCUGGUCAGCCUGAUGCUUAUCAAACCAUAUGCUCUAAGAUUGCACCCUCCAUCUUUGGCCAUGAUGAUGUGAAGAAGGCUGUGGCUAGCCUUUUGUUUGGCGGAUCAAGGAAGACUUUGCCAGAUGGUGUUAGGUUAAGAGGUGACAUCAAUGUGCUGCUUUUAGGGGACCCUUCUACUGCCAAAUCACAGUUUCUGAAGUUUGUUGAGAAGACAGCACCUGUAGCUGUUUACACUUCGGGUAAAGGAUCUUCAGCUGCUGGUCUCACAGCUUCUGUGAUUCGUGACAGUGGUUCACGUGAGUUCUAUCUGGAAGGUGGUGCCAUGGUAUUGGCCGAUGGAGGUGUUGUCUGCAUUGAUGAGUUUGACAAAAUGAGAGCAGAGGAUAGGGUUGCUAUUCAUGAAGCCAUGGAGCAGCAGACUAUUUCUAUUGCUAAAGCAGGUAUAACAACUGUUCUCAAUUCGCGAACCUCUGUGCUUGCAGCUGCCAAUCCUCCAUCAGGGCGUUACGAUGAUCUAAAGACUGCUCAAGAUAACAUAGAUCUGCAAACCACUAUUCUUUCUAGGUUUGACCUAAUCUUCAUUGUGAAAGAUGUCAGGAUGUACAGUCAAGAUAAGAUAAUUGCUACUCAUGUCAUAAAACUCCAUGCAUCUGCUGAUUCAACUAGGGGGGAGACUAAAGUUUCAAAAGAGGAGAAUUGGUUAAAGAGAUAUAUACACUAUUGUAGAACUAAUUGCCACCCCCGUCUGUCAGAAUCAGCUGCAAAGAAAUUACAGACCGAGUAUGUUAGCAUCCGACAGAAUAUGAGGCAACAAGCAAAUGAAAGUGGGGAGGCAGCUGCAAUACCAAUCACUGUGAGGCAACUUGAAGCUAUAGUUAGGUUAAGUGAGGCCCUCGCAAAGAUGAGAUUGUCUGAGGUUGCCACAGAUGAGCAUGUAAAGGAGGCAAUAAGGCUCUUUAAUGUUGCCACUAUGGAUGCAGCACGCUCUGGAAUUAAUAACCAAAUAAAUCUUACUCCCGAGAUGGCUAAUGAGAUAAAGCAAGCAGAAGUGCAGAUAAAGAGAAGAAUUGGAAUUGGUAGCCACAUAUCAGAAAGACGUCUGAUUGAUGACCUGAGCAGAAUGGGGAUGAAUGAUUCUAUUGUGAGAAGAGCACUACUGAUAAUGCACCAGAGAGAUGAAGUUGAGUACAAGAGAGAAAGACGUGUAAUUGUUCGUAAAGCUUGAGCCGUCUUCACUGCCUGUUGAAGCGUUCCUGAUCUGGCGAUCAGAGACUUAGUGUAGUCCCUGAACUCCCUUGUGGCCUCCAAAUUGUACAUUUCCAUCACAUCAAAGAACUGUUCAUUGCAACCAUUACUUGGUGGUCUCAGUUAUGAGUAACCAGCCACUCGUAUUUGCAUUAUAUAUUGAAUUAUGUAUCUUAAAAGUUAAAUUAUUUUUGUUUAA